AUGGCUCUGACCUUAAUGGCCUUGUGCUUCACUGCGUUCACUUCUGUGGUUCUUGGGGUCUUCAUAAAGCACCAUGACACUCCACUUGUGAAGGCCAAUAACCGGAAUCUCAGCUACACCUUGCUUGUCUCACUCAUCUUUUGUUUCCUGUGUCCCUUGCUCUUUAUUGGUAAUCCCAAUGCACCUAAGUGUAUCCUGCAGCAAAUCACAUUUGGGGUAGUAUUCAGUGUAGCUGUUUCUACUGUGUUGGCCAAAACAGUGACUGUCCUUCUGGCUUUCAAGGUCACAAUCCCCAGAAGAAGGAUGAGGUACAACCUGAUUCCAAGGGCAUCCAAUUUCAUCAUUGUCAUCUGUACCCUCAUCCAAAUUAUUCUCUGUGCAAUUUGGCUGGGAGUUUCUCCUCCAUUUAUUGAAAUUGAUGCCAAGAGUGAACAAAACCACAUCAUCAUUGUAUGUAGCAAGGGCUCAUUUAUUGCAUACUACUGUGUCUUGGGAUACCAUGGAACCCUUGCAUUAGGGAGCUUCAUUGUGGCUUUCUUGGCCAGGAAUCUCCCCGACACAUUCAAUGAAGCCAAGUUGCUGACAUUCAGCAUGCUGGUGUUCUGCAGUGUCUGGGUCACCUUUCUUCCUGUCUACCAUAGCACCAAGGGCAAGGUCAUGGUGGCUGUGGAGGUCUUCUCCAUCUUGGCCUCCAGUGCAGGCUUGCUGGGGUGUAUCUUUAUCCCCAAGUGCUACAUAAUUUUGUUAAGACCAGAAAGAAAUUCUCUUAAAAAGUUAAAGGGGAAAGCAUCUUUCUGA